CUCCAGGCUGAGGCAGAAGUGGCCUCUCUGAAUCGCCGCAUCCAGCUGGUGGAGGAGGAGCUGGAUCGGGCGCAGGAGCGGCUCGCCACUGCUCUGCAGAAGCUGGAGGAAGCAGAGAAGGCCGCGGAUGAAAGCGAAAGAGGCAUGAAAGUCAUUGAAAACAGAGCCCUGAAGGAUGAGGAGAAGAUGGAACUGCAGGAGAUCCAGCUCAAGGAAGCCAAGCACAUCGCCGAAGAGGCGGACAGGAAGUAUGAAGAGGUUGCUCGGAAACUGGUGAUCAUAGAGGGAGACCUGGAGCGUACUGAAGAGAGGGCUGAGCUCGCGGAGUCUAAGUGUUCCGAGCUGGAGGAGGAGCUGAAGAAUGUCACCAACAAUCUCAAGUCUCUUGAGGCUCAGGCUGAGAAGUACUCCCAAAAAGAGGAUAAAUAUGAAGAAGAGAUCAAGAUCCUGACUGAUAAACUCAAAGAGGCAGAGACUCGUGCUGAGUUUGCUGAACGGUCUGUGGCCAAGCUGGAGAAGACCAUCGAUGAUCUGGAAGAUGAGCUCUAUGCCCAGAAACUGAAGUACAAAGCAAUUAGUGAGGAACUGGACCACGCCCUGAAUGACAUGACUUCCAUGGCCCGAAGAGCCCUUCAUGAGCCGAGUUUUGGUGAAAUGGGACAGCCUCUGUGGUUUCCUGAUCCUCAGCUUGUCUAUCCAGUGUCCCAGCGUGCGGAUUUCUUCAGAGAUAAGGGUGGGCUGUCCUUUGGAGUAAAGCCUACCUAGAGGGCUAGUUGCUGGUCUGAGCUCUCCUCCUGGCUUAAAGAACAUGUGAGAACUGACUGUGCAAGCUCCCUGUAGUCCUGGGCAGAGUUGCAGCACCCUUGCUCCUACUUGCUCACUGCCUGCUGUUCACUGAGAAAAGCCUCUCUCCUACUUGUCCUUGAGGCAUGGUUGUCUGCUACCUGCUGCUAGGUAGUACGGUCUUGGUGACCAGCUUGGCAUCUCUGUGCUCUGCUAGGGGAAAUGGGGGCACAGCCAGCUGUAAUCCUGGGAGGUGCCUUCUCCAUGUAUUUUAUCUCUGAGUUGCUUUUGGGUGGCUUGUGGGGC